AUGAAGCUGUGGGUGGUGGUGCACAGUUUUACGAAAUCACUUGUCCAUAAAUUUAAGGAAUCGAUCCAACACCUGAAAAAAAUUGGAAUGGAAACAGAAAAUGUUUUCUUGACUGGACACGGAGAAGGAGGUCUGGAAGUUCAGCUCCUGGCCCACGCCAGUAUGAAAAUCCUUUCGGGAGUUAUUCUCCUUGGAUCUUAUCUGCACAGGAAACUCUCCUACACUGACUUCCCUGUUCCAAUCUUUACCGUUGUAGGAGAUUUGGAUGGAGUCACUCGCAUCACGCGAAUCGCAGAAGCCUUUAAAAAGUUGUCUAAAGAAGUCAGCGCCGAUGUUGAAAUGUUGACCAAAGCUCCAAUGGUCAUAAUUGAAGGUGCAAACCACGGUUCUUUCUCGGAUAAUACUCUUACUGAUUCGAUGAUACCACUUGAUAUUCCAGCUGAACUAUCAGCCGAUCAAGUCCGCAAACAGAUUGCUGAAUAUAUACGAAUAUUCAUCUCAUAUAAUACCGAAAUAUCAUACAGUGAAAUGCCUGCACAACAAGAAUCAAUCGAACAAUGGUAUAAAAGUACCGAAAUGCGUUUACAGCCACUUUUGCUGAUGAGUAACACGGAAGGGGAAGACAACUGUGCAUCACCCUGGCUCAGCACAUUGCAAAUGUGGCUUUCUGGUUUAGAUGGAAAAGACACACAACGAUUAAAGGUUUCGAGUUGUGUAAUCGAUACGGAGAGAAAUGUCACUCCAGAUUUACAGGUUCUAAAGAACUAUGGUAGUGAACCGGUUUUGUUUCUGUCUGCUUUUCUGCAAUUUGUGCAGAAACAAAAUGCAGGCGAGGAUAACGCCCAAAUCCCUCAGUCACCAAGAGAGAUCAAAGCCCGGAUGUUGAGUGCUGAACGGAUCCGGGCCCACUUGAAGAACACGACAGCAGCUCGAAUUUUGACUUGCAAGGAUUUAAACUACGCGGCUUUUGUGACGGCGCUGUCAAUGGCGUCCAGUAAAGCGCUCGAACGUUAUUAUGCGAAACAUUUAGGCGCCAUCUUCCACGACGACAUCGUAGUGAACACGCUGACUGAAUGGGAGCAGAGCGAACUUCGCAUCGAAAGUCUGCUUCACGAACAACACAUCACUUCAUUCGUCUAUCAAACGGAGACGGAGACGGUGAACGGAGAAGUUCAAGAGGGUGAAGCCGGGGGUGGCCUCUACUUCUGCAGAUUACUCCCGCCCACCCGAGUUCUUGAAUGGAUUUAUGUUGACUCCCUACAAAGCGGCCGGUAUCGAAUGAAAUGA